AUGCCGGCGUUGGCCCAGCGUGGGGUGCUGCUGUUUCUCGCUGUGGGCCUGCCCUCAAAUCCAGGAGUGAAGUGCGGGAUUUAAGCAGCUGAUCUGAAAAGUAUGGAAACUGCCUUGGAAUCUGAGUUGUUCUCUGGAGUUACUAGUUAGAGAAAUCCAACAGCUGGUGGACAUCCAUGGCAGGUCUCCCUGAAAUAAGGUGAGUACCAUUUCUGUGGAGGAAGCUUGAUUCAAGAUGAUCUGGUAAUUACAGCAACACACUGCCUGGCUAGCCUUGAAGAAUAACAAAUUAAGAGUCUGGUUAUGAUUGCUGGAGAGUAUAACUUCUCUCAGAAGGAUAAGUAAGAACAGAAUAUUCCUGUCUCAAAAAUUAUUAUCCAUCCUGACUACAACAGACUUGGAUACAUGAAUUCUGAUAUUGCACCGCUGCAUCUAAAACACAAAGUCAAGUUUGAUAAUGCUGUCCAGCCUAUCUGUCUUCCCCAUGGAGAUGAUAAGUUUGAAGAAGGGAUUCAUUGCAUGACCAGUGGAUGGGGCAAGAUUUCAGAGACAUUGGAAUAUUCAAAUGCCCUGCAAGAAUUGGACCCUAUCAUGGAUGACAGAAGGUGUAGUACUCUGCUCAAGGGUAUGAACCUUCCUCCCCUGGGAAGGACCAUGUUUUGUGCUGGUUUUCCUGAUGGGGAAAAGGAUGCCUGUCAGGGGGACUCUGGAGGUCCACUUGUUUGUAGAAGAGACAAUGGGAUCUGGAUUCUUGCUGGGAUAACUUCUUGGGGAGCUGGUUGUGCUAGAGGUUGGGAUCCUUUAAGAAAUAACUACAGAAGGACAUCAGGUGGCAUUUUCUCCAAGGUGUCUGAGUUGAUGGAUUUUAUCACUCAGAAUAUGACUACAGAUUGCAGACCUCAGGGAAUAGUGUUAGUUGGAGGAAAUGUGAGGAUCCAUUACCCCCAUUGGAAAGAGGGCGACUAUGAUCAUAAUUGCUUAUGUAUUUGGAAAAUAAUGGUACGAGAUAAAAUUAUCCUGUGAAGAUUUACAAGCUUAGACAUAGAAAAUCAAGUUGGAUAUGACCAUGACUAUGUAUCUUUGCAAUCAAGCAACAGCAUGCUUAUUAAAUCUGCUCCUUCAUUAGAUGGUGCCCUGGCAAGUUGCUUGCAGCAGAUUCAAGUGCCUGUGUUAGAAAUCUGCAAACACACUUAUUAUUCUGCUCACCCAGGAGGGAUCACAGAGAAGAUGAUCUGUGCUAGCUUUGCAGCAGCUGGAGGGGAGGAUUUCUGUCAGAGAGACUCCGGUGGGCCAUUAGUGAGUAAACAUGAAAAUUGUCUCUUUGUCCUCUACGGCAUCAUCAGCUGGGGAGCUGGCUGUGCCCGGCCAAGGAAGCGUGAAUUUGCCAGGGUGAGUGUCUUCUUGGACUGGAUCCAAUCCAAAAUCAAAGGAAGAUUUGUCAUAGAGGAUUAUUGUGGAGAGGAAAAGGAGAUUGAAAAGAUUGGAAAGUUGGGCCAGAUUGUAAAAGAUGUUGCAAGGUACACUACUUUAGUUGCUUUGAACAAGGAAAGAGCUCAUACACAAUUUGUUUCAAACAGAAUUCCCAGAUUGGAGGGUAAGGGACUAAAUAGACAUAGGGAUAAAAAGAAGAGUCAGGGAUGUAACCUGCAGGAGAAGCUCAUUGCAGUCAGUGAGCCAGAGAGCUACUGGCAUCUGAAGCUCUGCAGGUAUCCCUGCAGGUCUAAAGGUGCCCUUGCACUUAAAGUUUGUGAUAGAGCCUCAUUUUGCUUUGUUCAGGUUGGCCCCUGGUGUCUGUGUGCUCUGCACUGCACGCUGUUACUCUUCAGUGGAGCUAAAGAGCACAGAGGCUUUCUUUCAACUCCAAGAUGUCCACUGGAUUAGAAAGGAAGACCGGGAUGUUCUUAGGUGCUCAGAGUUUCACCAAGCAGUACGGCAACAUUUACGGGUGAGGUCCUGUCACUCCCCGAGCCUCGUUUGUGUCGAGAUUCAGGCCGGACUAUUUAUGAAGAAAGCCACAGGGAGAGAAGGAUGUCAGGUGAAGUAUGUGCAAGAAGGCUUUACCCAAUAAUUUUCAUGAGCCCUGAACCAUUGGUGAGGAUGACAUUUUGUUCCCUUGUACAAGGUGCUUUUGGCAUAAGUUAUAUUAUCUUUAAAGUCCAAGGUCCAAAAGUCAGUAAAGUAACCAGACUUCGUCACAAUUCAAACCAAGAGCAUGUGGCCCCUUGUAAUGAUGUUAUUCUGACCAAACCAGCAGGAAUCAUACAGAUUCCAAGAUAUUUUCACAGAACCAUUAUGAGUUGUCACUGGAGGUUAUUAGCCCCUUUAAAUCACAUCAUUUGCCUAGAUAACAACUUCCAGAUGAAGCCAACACCCUUGGCCUGUCAGGGUCACCUAUGGGUUUAUGAAGGAUUUGGAUUAGGCAAAAAAUUAGUAGGAUGUCCAGUAUUGGAUUUGGUUCCUGUUGGUUCUGUUAUAAUCACAUAUCCAAAUUAUCCUAAUACUUAUCCAAACAUGCUGAACUGCACUUGGACUUUGUUUUCCAUAUCAGGAAAUAAAAUUAAGGCAGUGAUUAAAGAUGAAAACAGAAGAAUCUUGGAACUGUGA